GAUAUCCCAUGACCUUUUUUCUCUUCCUCUUAUUACUCUUCCUCAAUACAUCGUUCUCAAUUGAUAUCUGAUAUCUUGGCUUUAUAUUGUCUAUCCACCUACUUGUUCCUCUGAUAUUCAUUCUCGAGUCAUUGUAUUCCCUCUCGUAUACCAAUCCUAUAAACAUCAACAUCUUGCAUCUGCAUCUUUCACCCAGAUUCUCCAAUUGGUUAUCCCUACUACCUACAUACACAUAAAUCCACGUUCCAGCGAACAAACACACUUAUCUGCCGAUACUCCGCAUUUACCUGUCAAUAUACAUACGUCGGACUUUCAGCUCUUUUAUAUCUUCACUCCGAAUUGUCAAUCUAUCUUAUCACAUCACAUCACAUCACAUCAAAUCAAUAUGUCUCGAGUUACUCCUCCCGUCACAAAAUUCACACUUGUGUUGAAGAAAUGUAUGAGUACUACUUCAACUGUCGCAAGUCCUAGUGCACAACUGAAAACUAAGAGUGCUAUCAAAUCUGAUCUCAUCUCAAACCUCUCCCACGAACGCACCAUCACCACCACCCAUCGACCAUCUCCCCCUUCUAUCAAAACCAUCCGUCUCAUGCAAGGAUUCCGCACCAGCGCCGCUCGUCCCGUCGCUUCCCCUUCUACUCUCGAUUAUCUCAUUCUUCCUCGUCUCCCCGCUGAAGAACCUCUCAAUGCAUUUACUGUCCGCGUUCCCAUUCUUCCUGAUAACUACUAUGCUUCUCAACCGGUUAAAGAAUCAAUCGAUACCGCGAUUCCCACACAGGAAGUUCAUAUCGUGAGUGCGCAGCCGGAAGAGGUAGUUUCACAGGUCAAUGUUCUUACGGAGAUAGUUGGCAAUGAGGCGGAGAGUGCAGUGGAUUUGGGACAGUGGGUUGAGGGAGUGAGAAAGAGAGGAGAGGAGAUGAGAGAGAAAUUCGUUGGAAGAGAUAGUGAACAGAGUGUUUUGAAGGAAUUGUGGAUGAGUCUUCGUGAGGAUGUGUGGGGUGAGAAGAAAGUUGCCGUUUAGGUUUUUUCGUGUGUGGGAUGGAGGGAUUGAUGGAGCGAUUGAUUGAUUGAUAGAUGGGUGUAGAUGGGAGGGGGGACUCGCUCGCUACGCUUAGCUAGAGCUAGAGAUCCUUGAUGACGUUAUGAUCUUUUCUUUUCUAGUCUACUACCGAGUUACUUGGGUAGUUUGUGGCUUGAUUGGGUUUUGGGGUGUCUGUCUUUUACUUUCUUGCUUGCUUGCUUGCUUUACUUUGAGUUGUCUUUGUCUUUCGCCUUUGCUGAAGGUGAAGGUGGAGGAAUGAUGGGGAAUUUGAAGGAUCUCGUGGUUGGGGAUUCAAUAUUGCUUAGUUUUAUUAAUUGAAUGUCAAGACACCUUUUUACCUAUCUA